CAAAGCACCAAAACUGAUGGAGAAGAAAAGAGAAUAUAGCAAAAAGAAGUACCUUCAUCAAGAUUUUGUUAUGGAAGAAAUAUUGACCAAGGUUCCAGUUCGGUCACUGCUCCGUUCUGGUGCAGUCUCAAAACACUGGGGUGAUUUUCUUCACAUCUACCAUCCACCCAUCUCCGGGGAAUGUAUCUUUCACGCUCACACCAUCUGUCACGGAUUUGGUUUUGAUUCCUUAGCAAAGGAGUACAAGUUGGUAAGUGUUUUCCGUACCUCUCACCAGCAGCUUAACAUUGUUGUAUUUACAUUGGGGACUAAAUCAUGGAGAAAUGUCACUACCACAAGCACACACGUCGCAUAUCAUGGUCAUCCUAUUACUUGGAUUAGAGCGUCUACAAGUAGUGACAGAUCUGCCAUCUUUUGCAAUACUGGUAAUGGAUGUUUGGUUUGGAAGAUAAUAACAACUAUCGGGGGAGGAGAAGGAGCUAACGGUACCGAAAAUAAGAACAGUGAUAAUCAGAUGGAGAUGUUACUGUCUUUCAAUCUCCACGAUGAGAAGUUUAGUUUUAUCCAACUCCCAUCUAAAAAUACAACUGAUGAGCAGCGGAACCACUUGCUUGUUGCUUAUCCCCGUCUUCUGGAGUUCAAAGGAUUUCCAUGUAUUGCACAUUUAGAAAAAACACUGCACAAUCGAACAAGUGACUGUAAUCAUCGACGCCUACAUGACCAUCACGAUAGUAAUAAUACUAUUUGCUGCUGUUGUUGUAAAGUUCAUUUGUAUUUAUUGAAGGAUAAAGUCAAGCAAGCCUGGGUUAAGGAGGAGAGUUUUGAUGUUCGUGUAGACUCUCCUUGCAAAUUGUUGGUGGACUUGCCACCAGACCCCUGCUGUUUUUGCAUAGGCAAUACUAGCACACCUCCUACUCGCAUCUUCAGUUUCUCUGACCAGAUUUUACUGUACUGGUUCGAUGGGAAACAUUUACAAGUUUACAACUUGCGUUCCAAAAAACUUACUGUGGUGAUGCCUCAGCAUGCUGUAGAGCGUGAUUUCUUUGAUGGUAAGAUGAAAGCACCCUCAUACGCUUGUGAUGAUGGUGAUAAUAUUUAUUGCUCCAAUAUGGAUUAUCAGCUGCACUGCCAAGGAGAGAACUUUCUUUCUCUGCAAUCAUUCGUACCUGAAGGAGUAGCAGGAGUUGAUGCUGCUGAAUUUGAGGAGUUGAAUUUGCAGACGGAAGACCCACCAUAUACAGCAUGUGUGUAUGUGCACAGAGGUUCAGGAGUGUAUUUUUCAUUCCUUUGAUCAUAUUUAUCUUAAUAUCUUGUUUUGGUAAUCGUGAUCAGUUCACCAGAUUAAUGUAGUAGUUAAGUUUACUACGGGCAUGCUUUAAAUAAGAGGAUCUAUUGAUGAGCUUAUAUCAAGUGAAAACAUCAUAGAUUACAAGGAACAAUCAUGUGAAA